UGAAAGCAAAUCGAAAUCUGAACAGCUGUAUCUGCCAUUGUCACGCAAUAGGUCUAGCGAAUUUGCGGGGCAAAACGCAACGAUCCAGCACCCAAUACGUGUGCACCGGAAGAACCUCGCACUCCUAUUUCGCUCAGCGAGUUAUGAGACUCGCGCUUGGUAUCAAGCCGGUAUUUGGGCACGGCUUCACCUAGAUCAACAAGGAGGCUUCCCCCAACUUUCUGUGGUGUUGCCAAGCCCCUCCUCCUUGCAGACCGCAUACUCCACUUCUCCUGUAAAAUCAAGCUUUGAAAACUUCCAGCACAGGCCUUUUGGGUUUCAUUUUUUUUUGCCACAAAUAUACACAUCAUGGCGAUACCAUGGGAGGAGCUAACACAUUUCGAGGAUAUAUCAACGGGGAGUUUCGGGAUUGUGCGGAAAGCGGACUAUCUCGGCACGGACGUCGCCGUCAAAGAGUUCCUCGACAUCUCCAACCAGCCCGGGUUCGAUGUGCAGAAGUACAUUGGACGCGAGGUCGAUAUUCUCAGCUCCGUGCACCACCCGAACGUCCUCCAAUACAUGGGCAUCAGCCUGCACGAGCGCAAACUGUACCUCGUCACGGAACUGAUUACGGGCGGGCACCUGAAAUCGUGGAUCGAGGCGAGCGCGAAUAAAGUAGGGGUGGAUCCGGCGUGGAAGUUGAGGAUUAGUUUCGCUAUUGACACGGCGCGGGCGUUGGUGUAUCUGCAUGCGCAUCGGAUCAUUCAUCGGGAUUUGAAGAGCGAGAAUUUGCUUCUGACAGAGAAUCUCCGUCUUAAGAUAUGCGAUUUCGGGCUAUCCAGAGAAGUAGCAACAACGAAAGAAGAACGGGGCCGCCUCUCCUUCUGCGGCACGGACGCCUACAUGGCGCCUGAAAUCAUCCUCGGGCAAGCCUUCGACGAACGCGUCGACGUCUUUUCAUACGGGAUCAUCCUCUGCGAGCUGAUAACCCUCUCGAGCGACGCGUCCCAAUCCUUCCGUCGCGAAACGCCGUAUUUCGGGAUCGACGCCGCCAGCAUUGUCGCGGCGCCCAACUGCCCGGGGGAUUUCCUCGAGAUUGCGCGGACGUGCACGGACGCGGAUCCGGAGAAGCGGCCGCGGUUGAAGGAUGUGUUGACGAGGUUGAGGAGGUUGGAGGCGGAGGUGGUGGCGGAGCGGCCGGGGAAUAUUGGCGCGUUUAUGGAGAGUGAGGCUGGGAGGGGGGCGAGUGUGGCGACGUCGGCGGCUGGGGAGGCGAGGAUUGCGGGUUCGGAUGGGAGUUUGACGGACGGCUCCCCCGACUCCCUCGCCCCACCUAGCAGCUCCAGCAGUCCAACCACCUCCCACGACGCGCUCCCAUCCCCCUCUCCCUCCCAAUCCGCCCAAAGCAUCGCCGCGCGGAUCGCCUCGCAGCCCCCCUCAUCAAUCCACCAAGGCUCCCCCUCCUCAGCAACGAUGCGGCGGCUGGGCCACUACGUCCCGCACCGCUUCUCGGUAGUCUCGCGGCCGACUAUGGCGAAAUGUGAGGUGUGUGCGAAGAGGAUUGGGAUUACGAAGAAGCAUUUGCAGUGUGAUGGUAUGGUUCAUCCGUUGUGGAUGGUAGUGGGGGGAGGGGAGUGUGGACGGAAUACUGAUUUUUGCGGUUUGGGUAGACUGCGACACAUCAUACCAUAAACGCUGCGGUCAGAAAGCAACGCCGACGUGCGGGCUUUCCGCCGACCUUAAAGUGUCGCUAUCCUUGUUCGAUCCACAGAAGAGGGCAUCC